AUGAGAAUCGCCAUCAUAAUUCUCUCAAUUUACAUCGCAAAUAUUGUGCAGUGCGAUGACACCUCCAGUGGACCCGACGAUUUCCGAACCCUGAACUCUGAAUUACUGAAGUUGAACGAGAUUAACGCGAUUCUUGAAUGGGAAUCGGCGACUCGGCCAUCACCAAAUGUUUCCGCCCUCAAGAGAGAGUUUUACAAGAUGCGGGUGGGAUGGCGGGAGGGCUGGUGCGAUAAAUUGAGGGGAUCGAGAGAGGAGAGGAUUGUUUAUCUACUCUGCAGAGGGCCCAAGUUCUCACCGGAGCAGGCGAGUCUGCUGUCGCUGAUAUCAGACGAAUUGAUGAUGAGUUAUCAGUCGAGAGAAGUUUGUGACACCUCUGGGAAGUGCUUCCGGGGAGAGCCUGAGUUACGGAGACUCAUGGCGACCUCCAGGGACGAAGGGGUUCUGAGGUGGGCCUGGACCGCUUGGAGGGACGGGAUGAGCCCUCUGAAGUCACUGUUCAUGCAAUUUAUCGCACUGGAAAAUUCGGGAGCGAGGAGAAACGGCUACAGGGACGUUGGCGACAUCUGGAGAGAAGAAAUGGGAAUAGCGAAUGUGGAAGUAGUGAUGGAGACGCUGUGGUCAGACGUCGAGGAACUGUAUCAACUUCUGCACGCGGUUGUCAGAUUUCGACUGCGGGGAGGGUAUCCCGGAGUCGUCGAUCCACUCUCACCCAUCCCUGCGCAUUUGUUAGGUGACCUGUGGGGCCAAAACUGGGGAGCUCUACUCGACGUCCUCCUCCCCGAAAAAUCAGUAACAUUAAAUAUAACAGAGUCACUGAGGAACAAAAACUACAGCGUCCUGGAUAUGGUGAAGCGAUCCGAGGAUUUCUACGUGUCUCUGGGAUUCCCUCGAUUGCCGAAACAGUUCUGGAAACAUUCGAUUUUUACUCGAGGAGAUCACGGUGAAAAUUGCCAUGGAUUUGCCGCGAAUAUGAACAAGAAUGGCGAUUUUAGGAUUAUGGGGUGUUUCGAGGUCACGGAAGAGGACUUUCGAACUAUUCAUCAUGAAAUGGGGCAUGUCUAUUAUUACAUGGCCUACGAGGGUCAAGACGCCAUCUUCAGGUCUGGAGUGAAUUCGGCAUUCCACGAAAGUAUCGGAGAAGCCGUUCUCCUGGGGGUGAUGACGCCCCAGCAUCUCCAGCGAAUUGGACUUGCUGGAGACGCCAUAUUGACCCACAACCUUGCAAUAUUAUUGAAAGAGGCUCUGAUUAAACUUCCACUGAUAGCUUCUGCAUUGAUAGUGGAAAAAUGGAGAUUCAGAAUUUUCGAGGGCAAUGUAGAGUCAACGGAGCUGAAUGAUUUCUGGUGGGAGCUCCACAGGGAUAUCAUGGGAAUUGCUCCGGUUAAUCCCAGACCUGAUCAUCUCUUCUUCGAUCCACCUGCGAAGUUUCAUAUUAUCGCAAAUAUCCCAUACUUGAGGUAUUUCUUCGCAAGUUUUCUGCAAUUCCAGAUAUUCGACUCGAUGUGCCAAUCAGCGGUUACAGGAAAAAUAAAUAAUGUAAAUUUCACUUUUCCACUCCAUAAGUGUGACAUUUACGGAUCGAAGGAUUCUACAAAAAAUUUGAGGAGCGUGAUGAAGAUGGGCAGUAGUGUAGACCUCUCCAGUGCAUUACAACAAUUGUCAAGAGUACCGAAACUACGUGUAGAGCCUCUCACGAGGUAUUUCAAACCAGUCUAUGAUUUCUUGAGGAAGGAGAUCGACAAUUUUAAUAUCCCAGUUGGAUGGAGCUGAAAUCACUCGCCAUUUUGUGUCCCAAGACCGUUGUUCGUGAAUAUAUCAAAUUCAUCUCUACUGGCUACGGCAGCUCGUACGUCUUCUAAACUUAUUUUCUCUGGGCAGCUGAAAAAAAUUGAGCAUUCAACAAUUUUCGUUCAACACCAAAAUUAUUUAUUAAAAAAAUGGGGCGAAAAAAUCUGAAUAAAUUUUUGUGGUUGAUGAUUGGAGUGAAUAGGUCAAUGAAAACUGUACGGAUUA